AACAUCUCUCCAUUUUUGUUUUCUGGAUUCAUUAUUUUCUUUCUCUCCACACGGGACAUAUAUUUCUUUUGUACUGUUCAAAUUUGUUUAGACUACUACAUUAUGGCACUGUAAUAGGAUGAUCACUGGGACAUCCUGUUCUUCUUAGUGUCAAUUUAUGACAAAAAUACAUCAGAAAAAGCAAUCACCAGUGUGCAGAUGACAGUUACUUUAGGAAUGUUCAUCACGUGUAUGUAUACAAGGACAAGUGGCCAGCGCAUUUGACAGUGACAUGAAGGCUCUUAGAUAUUUUAUCAAAGCAAGAAAAUAACUGUCUUCUUCAAAUGAGCUGAGCACACUAGAAGAACACGCCUGUUGUUCUAAGGUGAUAAAGAUGAGAUACUUGAUAAAGUUUCUGUCUCCACAGAAAAAAAACAAUGCAUCACUUUAAAUGUUAAGAGACACAUAAUUUGCCAUUUUUAAAAGCACAGUUAGAUUAUCCCCACACACAGCGCGCCGGUGAUCAGGGAUCCAGUUACCAACUUCGCCGACACCGGGCCACGUGACUCAGGUCCUCCUCAUUUUAAAAAGAGCUGCAACCCAGCAUUUCCCUCCAGAGCUUGAAAGAGGUGGCAAAUACUUCACGUGUGCCAGAUGACCGACUUUUGCACCUUCUGUGUCAGAGGACAACUACUGGAGAGCGCCGCGCGACAAAAAAAGUGACUUUGCCAGAAUCUGCUGAUGGUGUGUCGGACCGAGUCAUUAGAGUUUGAAUCAUAUUGGUGUUCUGAGAAGUUGGCGUGCACCCUGCAAAAGUAACCUAAUCGGUAUCUGCCGUCUUUGAUCUGCUGGCCAAGGAUGGUGCUGGACCAUCGGAGCGCAUUUCGCGCCUCAGUUUUACUGGCGUGUGUGAUAAUCUGCAGUAACGUGCUAUGUCCCGUCGGUGCCUAUCUCUACAACAACCGCUACGCAGGUGAUCAAGUCUUCAGGAUAAUGCCGGGUAAUGAUGAGGAGGUGCAACUGCUCAAGAAAAUUCUGGGACAUAUGAAGGUGGACUUCUGGCAGCCCAACAGUGCUACUCUAAUCUGUCAAAAUGCCACUGUGGAUGUCCAUGUGAAACUCAAUGACACGCGAGGUUUACAUGCGCUCUUAAAGGAGGAACAUAUUGACUAUCGGGUGUUUAUCUCCAAUCUACAGAAGGAAAUUGAAAAGCAGACGGGAUAUCGCUCCUUGCGCAAGCGGAGGUCAGAGUUUCAGUAUGACUACGAGGUUUACCACUCUCUGGAAGAGAUCCAGAGCUGGAUGUUUGAGAUGAACAGAACCCGCCCUGACCUGGUUGACAUGUUCUCCGUCGGGAAGUCAUAUGAGGGAAGACCGCUUUAUGUGCUUCAACUAGGAAAGAGAAGUCGUCAUCAGAAGAAAGCUGUGUGGAUCGACUGUGGCGUCCAUGCCAGAGAGUGGAUAGGACCUGCCUUCUGCCAGUGGUUUGUCAAAGAGGCCCUCAACUCAUACCAGUAUGACUCUGUGAUGAGACGACUGCUUAACCAGCUCAACUUCUACAUCAUGCCCGUCUUCAAUGUGGAUGGAUAUCAUUUCAGCUGGACCACGGAUCGAUUCUGGAGGAAAACGCGGUCCAAAAAUCACAAGUUCCACUGCAGAGGAGUGGACGCUAACAGAAACUGGAAGGUGAAAUGGUGUGAUGAGGGUGCCUCCUCUCAUCCCUGUGAUGACACCUACUGCGGUCCCUACCCAGAGUCCGAACCUGAAGUCAAGGCUGUCGCCAAGUUCUUACGCAAGCACAAGAAACGUGUCAAAGCAUAUAUAUCCAUCCACGCCUACGCCCAAAUGCUGCUUUACCCCUAUUCCUACAAGUAUGCCACUAUCCCCAACUUCAACUGUGUGGAGUUAGCAGCUCAAAAUGCAGUGACAGCCCUGUACUCUGCAUAUGGAGUGAGGUACAGAUAUGGACCUGCCUCCACAACUCUUUAUGUUAGCUCAGGCAGCUCUAUAGACUGGGCCUACAGGAACGGGAUCCCGUAUGCAUUUGCAUUUGAGUUGAGGGAUACAGGAUACUUCGGCUUCCUCCUGCCUGAAUCCCUGAUCAACCCGACCUGCACUGAGACUAUGAGGGCAGUGAAGGCCAUUGCGUCAGGUCUACUGAAGAAGUGUGAGACAGACAAGGACAGAUUUCCAUAUAUAUGACUGCACUGCAGAUCCCACCGGAGCUCCACCCUCAGUUACUUAACUCAACACCUCAUAUUCCUCCCAGAUAUUAUCAGGCAAAGAGCAGAAUAGGAAUAGCAGAGCAUAGAUUUUAAUUUGCGUUUCCUGUUCUUGAAGUUGUUCACCUUAUUUUCCUAUUCUGAUAAGAUAUGAACUGAUGGUGGUGGGUUUUCUGUGCUAGGAGCGAUGAAUACUACCAGUGACCAGCCUGUUAAUAUACAAUAAGAUCCCACAUACAGUGUCAGAGAGCAUCCUGCUGGAUCAGUGGGCCGUUAUGUGUCCCAUCAUUUGUCCCAUGCUAAUUCUGUGUUGCUCUUCUCUUACAAAAAAUAAAUAAUGCAGACUUCUCCAUAAUAUAAGCUUUUAACAGUCAACGGUGGUAAUGUGAGCACUUGCCAUGAUACAGCAGCACUUUUUUUAAAGAAACAGCUAUGGUUUCAAUGUCUUCCAAAAUGUUUUAUGUUAAACUUUCACAAGAACUGUUUUUAAGGAAUAUAAACCCAUCUCUAUUUUUAUUCUGGUUGCUUUUUAUUUUGAAAUUAGUCCUACCAAGUGCCAGUUUAGACUUUCAACUAUAAGGUUAAUGUACUAAUGCCUUUAUAACUGCAACAUUUUGGGUUGUUACAUAAUAUACACCUGACAAUGGUUAGGUCUUGAGUUUGGUUUAAAUUGAGAUGUUAUUUUGUUAGAUUUUGUUUUUUGGGAAGAAUGACCUGUCACUUCAGAAGCUCACCGUGUCGUUACUCAGGUAUGGAUCAAUGACAGAGUCAGAAAUGUUUACUUUUGACAGCUUAUGUGCUUAAUGUGAGAUUCUAAUAAAUAUCUGACUUGUUACAAUA